UGGCCCACGCCUGCCUGCCCAGCCCGCAGAUCCCCGGCGGCCCCGUGAGCUAGGAUGAGGGGCCAGGCCGCAGCCCCGGGCCUUCACUGGCUCCCCCGCCUGCUGCUGUCCCUGACGCUGCUGUUGCCGUUGGGGCGCCAGGCGGGCUCGGCCGCUGUGUCCGAGGCAGGGCUGGAGCCGUGCGCCACACUGGUGCAAGGCAAGUUCUUCGGCUACUUUUCGGCGGCUGCUGUGUUCCCGGCCAAUGCGUCCCGCUGCUCCUGGACCCUGCGCAACCCUGACCCGCGGCGUUAUACCCUCUACAUGAAGGUGGCCAAGGCGCCUGCGCCCUGCAGCGGCCCGGGCCGCGUCCGCACCUACCAGUUUGACUCCUUCCUGGAGUCCACCCGCACCUACCUGGGCGUGGAGAGCUUCGACGAGGUGCUGCGGCUCUGUGACGCUGCAGCCCCCCUCGCCUUCCUGCAGGCCGGCAAGCAGUUUCUGCAGAUGCAAUGGCAACAGCCACCCCUGGAUGCUGAGCCUGGGCCCCUGGACGGACCCCCGGGGCCCAGUGACGACUUCUCCGUGGAGUACCUGGUUGUAGGCAAUCGGAACCCCAGCCGUGCCGCCUGUCAGAUGCUGUGCCGCUGGCUUGACGCCUGCCUGGCCGGCAGCCGCAGUUCACACCCCUGCGGCAUCAUGCAGACCCCGUGUGCCUGCCUGGGCGGCGAAGCUGGCAGCGUGGCCUCAGGCCCCCCGGGGCCCCACGGGGACGUCUGUCUGCGGGAUGGUGCCAGCGGAGGCCCCGAGAACUGCCUCACCAGCCUGACCCAGGAGCGGGCAGGGCACGGAGCCGCGGGUGGCUGGAAGCUGUGGUCCCUGUGGGGCGAGUGCACGCGGGACUGUGGGGGAGGCCUGCAGACGCGGACGCGCACCUGCCUACCCGCGCCCGGCGUCGACGGUGGCGGCUGCGAGGGGGUGCUGGAGGAAGGCCGCCUGUGCAACCGCAAGGCCUGCGGGCCCGCUGGACGCAGCAGCUCCCGGAGCCAGUCCCUGCGGUCCACCGACGCCCGACGGCGGGAGGAGCUGGGGGACGAGCUGCAGCACUUCGGGUUCCCGUCUUCCCAGACCGGUGACCCGGCGGCCGAGGAGUGGUCUCCGUGGAGUGUGUGCUCCAGCACGUGCGGCGAGGGCUGGCAGACGCGCACGCGUUUCUGCGUGUCGUCCUCUUACAGCACGCAGUGCAGUGGACCCCUGCGGGAGCAGCGGCUGUGCAACAACUCGGCCGUGUGUCCAGUGCACGGCGCCUGGGACGAGUGGUCGCCCUGGAGCCUUUGCUCCAGCACGUGCGGCCGCGGCUUCCGGGACCGCACGCGCACCUGCAGGCCCCCCCAGUUUGGAGGCAACCCCUGCGAGGGUCCCGAGAAGCAAACCAAGUUCUGCAACAUUGCCCUGUGCCCGGGCCGGGCAGUGGACGGAAACUGGAACGAGUGGUCCAGCUGGAGCACCUGCUCCGCCAGCUGCUCCCAGGGCCGGCAGCAGCGCACGCGCGAAUGCAACGGGCCCUCGUAUGGCGGCGCCGAGUGCCAGGGCCACUGGGUGGAGACGCGAGACUGCUUCCUGCGGCAGUGCCCAGUGGACGGCAAAUGGCAGGCCUGGGCCACGUGGGGCGGCUGCAGUGCCACCUGCGGGGGCGGCAGCCAGCGGCGGGAGCGGCUGUGCUCCGGACCCUUCUUUGGAGGAGCAGCCUGCCAGGGUCCGCAGGAUGAAUUCCGGCAGUGCAGCACCCAGCGGUGUCCAGAGCCCCAUGAGAUAUGUGAUGAGGACAGCUUCGGCGCCGUGGUCUGGAAGGAGACGCCGGCGGGGGAGGCGGCUGCGGUCCGGUGUCCCCGAAAUGCCACUGGCCUCAUCCUGCGGCGCUGUGAGCUGGAUGAGGAGGGCAUCGCCUACUGGGAGCCUCCCACCUAUAUCCGCUGCGUCUCCAUCGACUACCGCAACAUCCAGAUGAUGACCCGGGAGCACCUGGCCAAGGCCCAGCGGGGGCUGCCUGGGGAGGGUGUCUCAGAAGUGAUCCAGACGCUGGUGGAGAUCUCCCAGGAUGGCACCAGCUACAGCGGGGACCUGCUCUCGACCAUCGACGUGCUGCGGAACAUGACGGAGAUCUUCCGGAGGGCCUAUUACAGCCCCACGCCAGGAGACGUGCAGAACUUUGUGCAGAUCAUCAGCAACCUGCUGGCAGAGGAGAACAGAGACAAGUGGGAGGAGGCCCAGCUGAUGGGCCCCAACGCCAGGGAGCUGUUCCGGCUGGUGGAGGACUUUGUGGAUGUCAUUGGCUUCCGCAUGAAGGACCUGCGGGACGCGUACCAGGUGACUGACAACCUAGUCCUCAGCAUCCACAAGCUUCCAGCCAGCGGUGCCACGGACAUCAGCUUCCCCAUGAAGGGCUGGCGGGCCUCAGGCGACUGGGCCAAGGUCCCCGAGGACAGGGUCACUGUGUCCAAGAGUGUCUUCUCCACGGGGCUGGCAGAGGCUGACGACUCGUCUGUGUUCGUGGUUGGCACCGUGCUCUACCGGAACCUGGGCAGCUUCCUGGCCUUGCAGAGGAACACAACCGUCCUGAACUCCAAGGUCAUCUCGGUGACUGUGAAACCCCCUCCUCGCUCCCUGCUCACCCCCUUGGAGAUCGAGUUUGCCCACAUGUACAACGGUACCACCAACCAGACCUGCAUCCUGUGGGAUGAGACCGAUACACCCUCCUCCUCCGCCCCCCCGCAGCUCGGGCUCUGGUCGUGGCGCGGCUGCCGCACGGUGCCUCUCGACGCCCUCCGGACGCGCUGCCUGUGUGACCGGCUCUCCACCUUCGCCAUCUUAGCCCAGCUCAGCGCUGACGCGAACAUGGAGAAGGCGGCAGGGCCUUCUGUGACACUUGUCGUGGGCUGUGGCGUUUCCUCUCUCACCUUGCUCCUCUUGGUCAUCAUCUACGUGUCUGUGUGGAGGUACAUUCGCUCGGAGCGGUCCGUCAUCCUCAUCAACUUCUGCCUGUCCAUCAUCUCUUCCAACGCCCUCAUCCUCAUCGGGCAGACCCAGACCCGCAACAAGGUGAUGUGCACGCUGGUGGCGGCCUUCCUGCACUUCUUCUUCUUGUCGUCCUUCUGCUGGGUGCUCACCGAGGCCUGGCAGUCCUACAUGGCCGUCACUGGCCGUCUCCGGAACCGGCUCAUUCGCAAGCGCUUCCUCUGCCUUGGCUGGGGGCUCCCUGCGCUGGUCGUGGCCAUUUCUGUGGGGUUCACCAAGGCCAAGGGGUACAGCACCGUGAGCUACUGCUGGCUGUCCCUGGAGGGAGGACUGCUCUACGCCUUCGUGGGACCGGCCGCAGCCGUGGUGCUGGUCAACAUGGUGAUUGGGAUCCUGGUGUUCAACAAGCUUGUGUCCAAAGAUGGCAUCACCGACAAGAAGCUGAAAGAGCGGGCAGGGGCCUCCCUCUGGAGCUCCUGCGUGGUGCUGCCGCUGCUGGCGCUGACCUGGAUGUCGGCCGUGCUCGCCGUCACCGACCGCCGCUCCGCCCUCUUCCAGAUCCUCUUUGCCGUCUUCGAUUCCCUCGAGGGGUUCGUCAUCGUCAUGGUUCACUGCAUCUUGCGGAGAGAGGUCCAGGACGCCGUCAAGUGCCGUGUGGUGGACCGCCAGGAAGAGGGCAACGGGGACUCAGGGGGCUCCUUCCAGAACGGCCACGCGCAGCUCAUGACGGACUUCGAGAAGGAUGUGGAUCUGGCCUGUAGAUCAGUGCUAAAGAAGGACAUUGCCGCCUGCCGCACGGCCACCAUCACGGGGACGCUCAAGCGGCCGUCACUGCCCGAGGAGGAGAAGCUGAAGCUGGCCCACGCCAAGGGGCCGCCCCCCAACUUCAACAGCCUGCCGGCCAACACCUCCAAGCUGCAGCUGCACGGCUCGCCCCACUACCCCAGCGGGCCGCUGCCCGACUUCCCCAGCCACUCGCUGACGCUCAAGAAGAGCAAGGCGCCCAAGUCCUCCUUUGCGGGGGACGGCGACAUCUUCAAGAAGCUGGACUCGGAGCUGAGCCGGGCCCAGGAGAAGGCCCUGGACACCAGCUAUGUGAUCCUGCCCACGGCCACGGCCACCCUCAGGCCCAAGCCCAAGGAGGAGCCCAAAUACAGCGUCACCAUCGAUCAGAUGCCCCAGACGCGACUCAUCCACCUUAGCAUGGCGCCGGACAGCGGCUUCCCCACGCGCAGCCCGCCCGCGCGCGAGCCCCCGGAGGCGCCCCCCGCCCAGCCCCCGCCCCCGCCGCCCCCACCGCCCCCGCCGCCCCAGCAACCCCUGCCCCCACCGCCCGCCCUGGAGCCGGCACCCCCCAGCCUGGGGGAGCCGGGGGAGCCCGGGGCGGGCUCUGGGGCCAAGAGCGAAAACGUGGCCACCCUGUCCGCGAGCUCCCUGGAGCGGCGGAAAUCGCGGUAUGCAGAGCUGGACUUUGAGAAAGUCAUGCACACUCGGAAGCGACACCAGGACAUGUUCCAGGACUUGAACCGGAAGCUGCAGCACACGGUCGAGAAGGAGAAGGAGGCGCUGGGCGCGGACGGCAAGCCGGAGAAGCAGCAGACGCCCAACAAGCGGCCGUGGGAGAGCCUGCGGAAGGCCCACGGCGCGCCGGCCUGGGGCAAGGAGCUGGAGCCGCUGCCGCCGCCGGCGCCGCUGGAGCUGCGCAGCGUCGAGUGGGAGAAGGCGGGCGCCACCAUCCCGCUCGUGGGCCAGGACAUCAUCGACCUCCAGACGGAGGUGUGA